AACGAAACAAAAAGAAAGAAAGAAAAAAAGAAAAGAAAAAAGAAAACAUUAUUUUCAUGUGCAGGUAGUUAAAAAGGCAGGACUAUGUUUAGAGAGGAGAUAACGGAGAUGUCGUGUGUAUGUCUGGUCAGAUGUCAGAUAAAAACUAUAAAUAGAUAUGACGUAAUACAAAUAGGUAACUGUUGGUUAUCUUUGCUGGUGCAGUUUAACAUCGUUCGACUGAUACUGCUUCUUUAAUUAUAUUCAUGAGUUUAUGUUUAAAGAUGGUAUACUUUAUGCUGCCUUCCCCUGCAUGGCACGUUCCAAUGUUUGACGUCCUCAGGCAUGACACGUCCCAAAGGUUAUCCGUCCCCUGCAUGACAUGUCCUAAUGUCUAUCGUCAUUUGUAUGUUACCUUCCAAAGAUUUGCCGUCAUCAUACAUGUCAUACACCAAAGAUUUGACGUCCCUUCAUACCACCUCCCAAAAGUUAGAAAAAAUAAUGCAUUCAAUUUCAUCCUUAUGAUUUAAUGACUAUACACAAUUCCUGUCGAAUUCCAUUUUUGUUGAUGGACUUUUUUUCUCUUGACAAAUUAUUACGCUGCUGUAUCAGCCAAUCAGAAGCAAUGUUACAAACGGCGCAUUCUUUUUACGAUAUGGGCUGAUAUCCUAAUUUUCAAGCCAAUGUUUGUAACAAGCUAACAGAGGCUCUAGCGUCUGUGUGAAACAAAUAGACAAUCUAGCCCCGCUUUAAUUUGGUCAAAUAUUUCUAUUUACUAACAAGACGCAGACUGCUCCAUGGAGUACACAUCAUUUUUUUGUUUUUUUUUGUUUUUGUUUUUUUGUUGAAUUAAAUCUUUCCUUUACCUAACAACACAUAUCAUAGAAAUUGAUUUAAUGUUUUUCAGCAACCCUUCCACAAUGGCGGAGGUUCCGCCCCCAGCCCCAUAUCGCUCCGAGGUAGCCGUUGAUGUUACGGAUAGCUUCGAUAGCGCCGAGGGAUUUUCUUCUUCUCCUAUAUAUAGAAACACACCGACGGAGCAUUCUACCCAACCUACUUCAGCCUUAAAUGGUGUUAACAAUUCACGUUCUUCAUCUACGGCUGAUUAUCAGGAAACAGAACAUUUAAAAGGGGACUUGGAAGAGGAACAUUCCACAGAUACAUCGUCCGUUAGUCCUUCGCCAAACAGUGAAAAAUCAUCUUUAGAAUCGAGUCACAAUUCUCAAACAAACAAAAUGGCGUCGGCCUACCCCGGACAUUCUCACGGGCUUCAUGCUUAUGAACGAUCUUAUGAAAUAAACAGUGAAGAAAGAGAUCACCGAUGGGCAAGGACAACCUCAAGUCAGGAAGAUAGUAAACUACAGUCGGGAAAACUCCAGACAGGUCAAAGUUCAAAUUUUACAACUAGUAAUACUGCAACUUCGUAUGGGACCUCGCGACAAACAGUCGACCAGGGUUGUAAGUUGACUGUUAAAGGCAAAUCAAAAGUUGACAGAGAAUUGUCAAAGAAGCAAAUACAAGACAUCAAGCCAUCAAAACUCGUCGUCAUUUUCAAAUGGAUCUCGACAUUUUUGAUAGGAUCGAUAGCGUUGGCAUGUCUGAUAGGAAGUAGGGUUUCUUUCGUAUCCAUAGCGGUACGUCUGCGGUUGCCUGGCAACGACGAGGUUAGUAUUCCUAACAACACGUAUGCUUUCACAAUGGUGACGAUGCUUCUGCUCAUUCCUAACGUGUUCAACCUCCUGAGGUCAUUGUGGAUGGGACUGUCUCGUAAGGAUAUGCCUUGGCCAAGCAAGAGGUCGAUUAUUUGGAUUGUAGCUACUAGCGUCGUGGAGUCAUUAGGGGUGUGCCUCUUUGCCUUUAAGAUAUUCAGUCUACAGUUCGGAGUGGCCAGCCUUAUCAUGGCGGGGGCUGUAUAUAUCGGCCCCAUGGUUUACUUGAUAUAUCGCCGGGAUCGGUGUGACACCCCGCGGUCUGUAGCCAUCGGCUGUGGGAUGGGAAUAAUUCUCCUGAUUCUGGCGGUCAUUGUGGCGAUGUGGAGAGGGUUUACUAGCAAUUCUCUAGAUGCGAGGAAUUUCUGGCACCUACCGGUCGCCGUACUUUGUAUCACGGUAACAUGGAUUCCAAAGGUUCAAAAACGUCUGAUCUCUUUGUCUUCAGCAUCAGGUUGGUCGUCUACAAAGUCCAUGUCAAAUUCGCAAGAUGAUGUAGAGGAUAUUGAAAAGCUUGAAUCGAAUAUGGAAAGUGGUAGGUUUCAAGCGUCUCAGCGACUUGAUAACUUGAUUGAAAACAAACAAAACGUUGUCGUUAGUAUGAAGACACAGUCUUUCUGGAAGUCGGCAAUCAUCAUGUCUGGAUGUCGAAUCCCCGCCAUUAUUCUAUUCUCGGUGUUGUUGUACUUUUUUGACACGGACAAGACCUUUACUGGUGGAGCAUUGGAGUCUUUUCGGACUUCCUGGGACUACAUCACAACCGACUCCACGGCUUUCAACAUGUUUAUAAUCAAUAUGAUCUCUACAUUAUUGGGUUAUUUUGUGUCUCUGGUCGCGUGCAGAAUCAACAUGCAGAGAGGGGCAUUCGUUCUACCUCUAGUUUUUUCCACCCCGGGUGUAAUGGCGGUUGUGUCAGGAUACUGUUCUUCGGGAGACCUUUUCACUGUAGGUGACACUGACUUAGUUAGUUGUGAUUCGAGUGAGGUGAUCUACACUGCGGUGUCCAGUGGGCUAUUACUAUUGGCUGUGUGUCUGUCUUUUGGCUGGGUCAUCUGGACAACCGAUACCGUCAUAAUGUGCUCCGAAUCUGAGGUGUUCUGGUCAGGUGUGUACCCCGGACUCAUGUUACACGAAUGGCUACUUGUGACACGACGAAACAAGGUAACGGAGAGACGAGAGGCACCAAGGCGUGUGGCACAGAAAACAACUGUUUACAUAUGUACCACUAUGUAUCGAGAGACAAGGGAAGAAAUGGAGCAACUGCUGAAGUCUAUAGGUCGCGUGAAGGACGCGCAGGCGCACUCCGACAAAUUUUUUGAAUCGCACGUGUUCUUUGACGGAGGAGUAAAAGAGAAAACGCCCACAGACUUUGCUCUUCAGCUCAUUAGUUUGUUGCCAGAAACUCUAGACGUUGAGACGUUGAUGUGUACGAGAACUAUAACAGCGUACGGCAUGAAGUUGUCAUGGAAACUGUUUGCGCCCGGAGAAAGACACAAAUCGCCUGGCAUGGUUUUUACAAUCCACCUUAAGGACAACAGAAAGGUCAAGAACAAGAAGCGAUGGAGUCAGAUCAUGUACAUGUCCUAUGUCCUCGAUUUCCUAGUCAAACAGAAGGUCGACGCGUUAGGGAAUCAAGAAGUGGACGACUGCAACGCAUUCAUCCUAACAACUGAUGCAGACGUCAACUUCACCCCGGAUUCUGUGGAAGCCUUGCUUGAUCUCAUGACACGUGACCAGUCAGUUGGAGCGGUGUGCGCGCGCACACAUCCUAUCGGAUUUGGUCCUCUGGUAUGGUACCAGAAAUUUGAGUACGCCAUUGGUCAUUGGUUUCAAAAGGCCGCCGAGGACGUACUUGGCUCCGUACUUUGUGCCCCUGGCUGUUUCAGUGUGUACCGAGUGAGUGCCGUUCGUGACAUCGUGUCUACAUACGCCUCCAAUGUGGAGAAGGCGUUCGAGUUUCUCACCAAGGACAUGGGAGAGGAUCGCUGGUUCUGUACUCUUCUCGUCCAGAGUGGUUGGAGAAUAGAGUAUUGCGCUGCGUCAGAAAAUAAAACCCAAUGUCCGGAGGAGUUUGAGGAGUUCUACAAACAGAGGAGGCGUUGGAUUGCGUCAACCAUAGCUAACUUGAUGCUCUUGGUGAGAGAAUGGAAGAUCAUCAGCAAGUUCAACCAACGAGUGUCAAUUUUCUUCACCAUAUACCAAGGCCUGCUUCUCUUCUCUACGCUGAUUGGACCAAGUGUUGUUAUCCUUGUUGUCUCAGGAGGGCUUGUGUAUGCCUGGGAGGUAAGCAGUGUGACGACCAUACUACUCCAGUGUUUUACCUGUGUGGGAUUCACGAUUGUCUGUCUAUACUUCUCACAAACCACGCAGAUGAAGGUGGCGAAAUUACUGACCUUUCUGUACGCAUGCGUGAUGAUGGCUGUGGCUGUUGGAACUGCUCAGCAGGUAGUGCAGGACCUUAACUAUGGCGACGAAACCAGUAUCAUUAACCCGGCUAACGACACUAGUGGUGACGAGGUUGUUACCAAAAGUCCGUCAGAUGUCAGUGUGGACCUGCCUGUCUCACUGACAACGUUAUAUCUGGGGAGUCUGAUAGGGAUAUUUUUUACUGCUGGUGUGCUUCAUCUUCGGGAGUUUACAUGUCUUAUCCAUGGUUUCUGGUACCUGAUGUGCUUACCUUCGGGAUACCUCAUCCUCAACAUAUACAGCGUGUGUAACAUCACGGAUAGGUCCUGGGGUACUCGAGAGGAGAAAGCGAAAUCAGUUGUCAAAGAUACGAGACCUUGGUAUGAAAUUGCAGGGGAAACGAUCCAGAAAAUAUUCACCUGCUGCCAGAGAGUAGAGCAGACUCCACCCAGUGAGCCCGGUGUAGCAGCCGCCCGGGCCCGACAUUCGUCCGUGACAGACUCCCAUCCGAAGUUAACGGAAAAUUUUCGAGACUCUAAAUCAUUUACGGACGAGAGGGAUGGUCACGCUGACGUAGCUGAUGUAAAAAGCAGUGUGCCAGUGGAGAUGUUAAAAGAGGCUGACGAAAACUAUUUUGAGGACGAAGUUACUCCAGAACGUGUUGAGGAGUGGCUGGACAAGGACUUCCGGGAUUAUGUCCCCCUGUUCAAAAGGCAUGGUUUUGACAGCACGCUGUUUAUCAGCGCCAUGAAGGAGAAAGAUCUGACGACAAUUGGUAUAAAGAGGAAAGCCCACGUGACGUACCUGAUGGAACGGAUCAGCGUGCUCCCAGAAUUCCGCAUUGAGGUCAAAGUUCCGGAAAACGUGUUGGAGUGGUUACAGGAAAUCGGACUGGAGCAGUACUAUGGUGCAUUCAAAUCAAACAAAAUCACGGCACCAAAGGAUCUGGAAAUUCUCAAGUCUUUCUCACGGAAAGAAAUUGAAUCGGAGCUUAAAAUCAUCAAAGCUGGUCACGUGGCCAGACUGUUGAAUGCUAUUAAACAUCUGAGGAACCCUACUGAAGAGGAACUCAAGCGAAUCGAUGUAAAGAAAGACCUGGGCAAAACAGAGUGUUACGAGAUUGAACGGAUUAACCCAGAUGAACACAUCUUCUGGAAAGAUCUCACAGACGCUUGUCUCAAACCAGGAUCCAUGGCCUUCGGCCACAAUGAAGACCUAAAAGAGAAACUUGAAGAAUUGAGAAACAACUUUCUUGGGAUACUCGCGGUCGCUAACACCUUAUGGCUGAUCCUCCUUGCUACUUUGGCUUCUAAAAUGGAACUUAAAGUCAGUGGCACAGAUCCAGUCGGAUUGGUUUUCUUGGCGAUAUUUGGGUUUCUCCUCGUUCUACAGUUCUUGUGUAUGCUUGUUCAUCGUCUGACGACAUUUGGACAUUUUUGUGCGCGAGCUCCAUACAGAUUUGGCAAGCAGUAUAACAGCUCCUGGAAGUUUGCGGACCAUGGUUUCGGCUGGAGUUUGAGUGAUGAAGACAGGCAAGCACUGAACCAGGCGAAGGAAGGCGAUAAGAAAAUAAAAGCUCGCUUGGUCUCAAGGAAACGAAAUCAAAAGAAAAAUGUGUCUAUAAUGGACGAGAAAGAGCAUUUACUGAAGGAUCACAAUCAGACUUCAUACCUUUAAACAGUGGGAUAUAGAUAAAUAGAACUCGUUUAAUGGUCUCUGAUAAACUAUUAUGUAACCUGUACUCGCCCACGGAGACAGUGAGCCCUCACGACGGAUUCGUCAAUGUAAAACAGUCUAGGGCCAUCAUUUUAAUCUGAAGCAUAUAUAAACAUAUGCAAUAUACCUGUUUUGCCGUCAUGAAUAUGGACUCGUCUGUCAAUCGAAUGUCAACAGGACAGAUUACUCUGGAAGGAUUAUAACUUUAGGUCUUAUAAAUGAUCAUUCUUAGGACAUCGUUAUUAUUUCUAAAAGAUUAGAUUAUUAAAUUUAAUACGUUUUUGUGAAAUGCAGUAUAUAGAACUUUUAUUCCUGGACAGAAACUGACCCUGGGCUAAUUUUCUUCGGGGUGAACAUUUGAAUUUGUGCAAAAAAAAAAAAAAAAUAAAUAAAUAAAUGAAUAAAUGAAAAAAAAAUUAAAACAAAAACUUAUCGCAGAGCUCAAAUUCGUCAUAGAAUUCUACAGUUGAUAAAUUCAUGGAUAUAUAAAUGAGCGCCUGGAUUACGAGUACCCAGUAACUCAACGAAAAUAAAAAUGCCACAAACAAUUAUGAUUUUACAGUAUGUGAUACUCAGGUUGUUUGUUUGGGAGUAAAUGAGAUUGAUAUUUGUAAUGUUAGUUAGUGACUACGCAAAAGUUUUGUUGCUAUGGGCGCUAAAGUAGACACACACCGUAAAGGAUGCUUGAGAUUAUUAUGCGCGUGAGGGAGUUAUUCAAUGGCGUGCCAAACAUUAAAAUACUUUUACAUGUACGUAUAUAUUUAACAUUUAAUGUUUUAAAUUCAAUUUUAAAUGGUUAUUUUCAAUAACUGUACAUACUUGCUUGAUGGACUGGAAAUAUAUGUCUUAUUACUAACAUAAGUAUAUAUGCUCAGUACGCUAAUUAAAUGUUCCGACAUUCAGCAAUUCCAUGUUUUUUGUUUUUGUUUUUAUUUUUAAAUGAAGUAAUCAUUUUCUUUUGUUAUUUUCAAUAACUUUAAAUGCGUACUUAAUAAUUUAAAUUAAUAAUGUAUUCGAUUAAAUCUUCAAAUAUUUGCUCAUCAUGGCGUGUCAAAAGUUAUGAUAUUCAAAAGAAUGUAUAUUUAUAUUGAAUUCUGCAUAUGUUGAAUAAGUAAUAUUCAUGUUGAAUACGUAAUAUAUACGUAUAUGUGGAAUAAGUAAUAUCUAUGUUGAAUACGUAAUAUAUUUAUGUUGAAUACGUAAUAUGUAUGUUGAAUACUUAAUGUCUAUGUUGAAUACGUAGUAUAUAUAUAUAUGUUGAAUACGUAAUAUGUAUGUUGAAUACUUAGUAUCUGUGUUGAAUACGCAAUACAAAUGUUGAAUACGUAUAAAUGUUCAAUACGUAAUGUUAUAUGUUGAAUGCGUAAUAUUUAUGUUCGAUAACGUAAUUUAUCAUUUUGUAUUCAAGAAAUCAUAAAUCAAUAGACUAUAUAUAUUUUACAUGUAUAUUGAAAGACUUAUAAAAAUGUAAAAAAAAAAUGUAAAUAUAUUUUGAUUAGAUUAUCAAUAAAUAUUUAAUAUUCACGAACCACAUCAGUAUUCAAUAAUGUAGAUAUUUAUGUAGUAAUAUUUAUGAAGUAUUUCAUAAAUACAUAACAUUGUAUUUUAAACAAAAUUUGUUUGAUAAAAUGUCAAGAAUCAAGCAGGACAUGUAAAAACACCGUACGUGGGGGAAGUAGGGAUGUUACUAUCUGGAAAUGGAAAAUUAACAAUUGGGAUAUUGAAAUCAUCACGCUUAUCCGCUGAUUAAGUUGUCCUUCAGAUCGAGGUAAGACGCUAAUGUUGAGGACAUCCUUAAAUUCAAGUUUUACUGUGUUAAUCCUAUAGACAUGGUCAAUAAAGAUUUGAUAUAAAUUUGCUAUACCUAUAGGUGAAAUUAGGGGGGUGGGGUGGGGGUGGAGGGUUAAAGGACUCUGUUACCUGUUCGGAUAAGCUUUUCAGUAUAAUCAGUCUCGUCUGGAAACAAAAUCAAGUUGGCAAAAGGAUGGACACGGUUUGUUCCCGUAGAAAUCUCCAACAAUUCUCGUGGUAUCGUCUCCAGUGUAUAUCGUAAAUACGUGUUUCAAAAGUUUCAUUAAAAUUAGAUUGAGGUUAUUUAUGUAUUUAUUUUAUUAUCCUCUAAGAAUAAAUGUUUCAACAACUGUAAA